AUGCCAAUCCAACAACAACAACCUGGACAACCUGGUACUUCAUUCACAAUAGAAUUAUCUACAGCACCAAAGAAAGGUCCACCACAACACUUGUUAGAACGUUUAAGUAAAAAGACAAGUGUAGCAAAGAGUGUCAAGGAUUCCGAAAUGGGUGAUGGAAACAAUACACAAAUGCAACAACCAGCCACAACAACAGCAGCAACUACUACUGGUAGUGCUAAUAACACUGCAAUCACAGCCAAUCAGAGAAGACAAACUAUUUUGGAAUUCCAAAAGAGAAAGAGUACAACAGCAACAACUCUUAAAAAUUCCCUCAAUAAGCCAACACAAACUAAUCCUCCUAAUUUAACAUACACUACCUUUGAUACAAAUGGUCUGACAUUGGACGAUGAUUUGGAAAUUGGAUUUGAGAAAUCUGGGUCUCCUAUUGUUUCAUUGAAUGGAUUGAAUAGAGCCAGUCAGCCUUCUCCAAAUAAUUUUGCUUUUGGAGCUCAACAAAAUGUAAAUAGUCAACCAAACAUUCCUGCUCAACAAGGUUUCCAACAACCACAACAAUUUGGUGGGUUCAAUCAACAACAAGAGAAUAAUCAACCAAACCCUCAAUGGCAAAUUGAACAACAACAAUUAGAACAACAGCAACGAGUGGCAGAACAACAAAAGCUUGAACAGCAACAAUUGGAGCAACAGAGAAUGACAGAACAGCAAAGAGUUGCUGCUGAGCAACUCCUUCAACAACAACAAUUGGAACAACAGAGAAUGGCUGAGCAACAACGUUUAAGGGAUCAGCAACAACAGCAACAAUUGGAUCAACUCAAUGAGCAACAACGUGCUGCAGCAGAGCAACAAAUUCUUCAACAAAAGCAAAUGGAACAACAAAGAAUGCUAGAUCAGCAACGUAUUGAACAAGAAAAGCUUCAACAACAAUUUGCUGAGCAACAACGUAAUGCAGAACAGCAAAGAAUUGCUGCCGAGCAACAACAUUUGCUUCAACAACAACAAAUGUGGCAAGCUCAACAAGUUUCCCAUCAACCUCAACCUCAAUCUCAAAUGCAAUAUAUUCCAGUUUACCAAACUGUUCCAUCUGAAGAAGUUCAAAGAAUGAUUCAUGAAGUGCAACGUCAACAGGCUGAAUUCGAAAGACAAAGACAAGCCCAGAUGGAAAUAAUUCAAAGAGAAAGAGCUGAACUUGAACUGGGAAGGGAAUUGUUGAGGAGACAACAACUUGAACUCCAAGCCAAAUUGAAUGAAGUUGAUCAAAUCAAGAUGGGAUUACCUCCAUCAACUGAAAGAAGAAACUCGAUCGAUGCUCGUAGAAAUGAAGUAGAAGCCAACAGAAAUAUCAAAAGAACAGCUCAAAGACAAGAGAUUAUUAAAUCAAAGAGAGAACUUAACUUGCUUAAUGUUGACAAAUUGUCGAGAACCUCAAGAGAAAUCAAGAGAGAAGAAAGAGAAGAAGAAAAGAAGAGAACUAGAUCCAUGUUACCAGAAGGCAUUUUCUCACCACCAAGAGCCAAACCAACACUCUCAAGGCCAUCCAUGUAUGGUUCAAGAACCACUCCAUCCUCCGUUACUAAAUCAGAUAUCAGCACUGGUAGAAAAACAAUUGAGACACCAACUUCUCUAUACAGCCCUGCAUCCUCAAUGAGGGGAAGUAUUAGAUCGAGUGUUUCGACAUCUAAGUCCAACUCUAGGGAAAUGGCUUCUCCAUCAAACCAAUUGAGUAAGAGAAAGCAAAUGGUUUUGGAAAAGACAAGAAGAAAAGCAGAAGAAUUUUCUCGUAAAUCAACAUCCAAUAAUAAUACUCCAUGUCAACAUUAA